CGCAGCCGCUUUUUCCCCUGGAAGCCCAACCAUCGUAUUCACAGACAAUCUGUCGAAAAUACACGAGGUCAAGGCCGUUUAUCGAAUUUAUCAACUGCUAAACGCCGCAUUGCCGCGCCUUUUCGUCUAUUCACUGACCGACGUCACCUUGUUGCGCCGCUCACAACAGCGUCAGUGGCCCGUUCCGCCAACACAAGCUGAGACGCAAGCAGCAAACAACCUACCAACCAACAGCUACAUUUCCUCGAGCCCCUUGAUUCUGUAUAGAUCAUUUCAAUCAACACUUCACCAUGGCCGAUCACCGCCCUGGCGGCGUGGACAACGCGCUGCCAGCACCUCCCCAGGUGUCGCUGCCCGACGACCUCGCCCAACAACCAGCUGGCGAUGCCCCGGGAAGCUUGUCUUUUGACAAGGAACGCCCUUCUGUUGAAGAUAGCACCGCAGAUGUAGAGAGCACCGAUGCUGGAGCUGCCAGUGGCGCACCACCAGCGGCUCCGUCAGCUGCUGCUCAAGCACCAACACCUGCCGAGGCUGCGUUGGCUAAGAAUGUUGAGGAAGUGCUUGCAUCGGAGAUUGGUAUCAGCACCCUGCUCGGCCGACUAAAGCAGAGCAUAGCUUCCGCCAAGGAAUUCGCAUUGUUUCUCAAGAAGCGCGCUAUUCUGGAAGAUGACCAUGCCCAGAGCUUGAAGAAGCUGUGCCGUUCGACACAAGAUAAUAUCCACCGAGCCGAUCAUCGUCAAGGCACCUUUGCUCAGUCGUACGACGAAAUGAUGUUUAUUCAUGACCGAAUGGCCGAGAAUGGAAUCCAAUUCGCUGCCUCUCUUCACCAGAUGCACGAAGACCUUGUUGACUUGUCUGCCAACGCUGAGCGUCACCGCAAGACCUGGAAAGCAAACGGUUUGGCUGCCGAACAAAAGGUGGCUGAUCUGGAGCAGACGAUGCGUAAGAGCAAAGCCAAGUACGACUCGUUGGCCGAGGAGUACGACAGAGCCCGAACAGGAGAGGGACGACAGGGCGGAAAGGUGCUAGGUGCUUUCAAGGCUCAGCUUGUGUCUAGCACUCGUCCCGAGGCUAUCAAGGCGCUUCAGGAUCUCGUCAACGAAAUUGAUGCAGGCUUGACGCUGCAAAUGCAGAAGUUUGCUUCUUUUAACGAAAAGCUCCUACUUGGCAACGGUGUCAUCGUCUACCCCUUCAAGAACGGUCCUGGCGAGACUACUCCCCAACCGAGAAGUCUGCGCCAAGCUGUGUCCUCGAUUAACAACGAACGGGACUUGAACGACUAUGUCGCAUCACACCGACCCAAGGUCCAACCGAAUGAAGAGAUCAAAUAUGAGCGUCACCCGGUUCUGAACCCUCCAUCUGCACCAGCCAUGAACAACGCUGGCCCAGUCCCAGGCCCACAGGCACCGCCGUCUUCAUUCAAUCAGAACCCUACGAAUAUUUCUGCGCCACAGCCGCUCUCUAUGGGAGCCAGAACGAGUACCGGAAACGUUGGUACAGUUGGCAGCAACGCAGGCUCUAUGAAUGCACCUGGAGCGCCUAUGGCAUCUCAGCCUCCACCAGGUGGCCCGUCGUCCUUCACUGGACCUGGUCCCCAAGGCCACCCUGGCGCGCAAGGCGGUCCUCCUAAGGGCAUGACACAAAGCUUCUCCCAGGGUCUGCCAAUGCAACAGCAGCAGCGACCAUUUGCUCAACAGCCCGCCCAUAACCGAGCUUUCAGCCAAGGCAACCACCCCGGAUACCAGGGUCCUCCUGGUGGACAGCAUCCCGGUGGACAGCAUCCCGGUGGACAGCAUCCCGGCAUGAACCCAGCCCAUGGCGGACCCCGCUAUGGAAACGGAGGCCCCCCCGGUGGUGCCCCUCCUCCACAGCUUGGAAAUCUUCCCUUCCAGGGCGGUCCUCCUGGUGGCCAGCCCGGACAGCGAGGUUCUCCUCAGCAAUCGCACCCGUUUGCUCCUCCUGGCGAUAGACGAGGUAGCGGCCCUCCCAGCCAGCAAGGCCCUCCCCCCAUGUACGGCGCACAGGGCCAGCCGGUGCAUGAAGAUAGGCCUACAAACCCCGUCUUCAACGUAUCGUUGAACCGACUCUACGAGAGAGACGGACUGGCUGUGCCCAUGGUCGUGUACCAGUGUAUCCAGGCUGUGGAUCUCUACGGUCUCGGUCUCGAAGGCAUCUACCGUCAAUCUGGCUCCCUGACACAUAUCAACAAGCUCAAGCAAAUGUUCAACAACGACUCACAAAACCCUGCUCUCGAUUUUAGAAACCCCGAGAACUUUUACCACGACGUAAACAGCGUGACUGGCUUGUUGAAGCAGUUCUUCCGCGACUUACCGGACCCUAUCCUGACAAAGGAGCACCACGACAGCUUCAUUGCUGCUGCUAAACAAGAGGACGAUAUUGUUCGCCGUGACUCGCUGCACGCCAUUAUCAACAGCCUCCCGGAUCCCAACUAUGCCACCCUCCGUGCCAUCACGCUCCAUCUCUACAGAGUCAUGGACAAUGCGCACUCCAACCGCAUGAACUCGCACAACUUGGCUGUUAUCUUCGGUCCUACCCUCAUGGGCAGUGAUGCUGCCACGGCCAUCACCGACGCAGGCUGGCAGAUCAAGGUUGUCGACACCAUCCUGCAGAACACGUACCAAAUCUUUGACGAGGACUAAGCGCUGCCUGCCAUCGAGUUCUUCUAGCAUCCCUUUUGUCUCUUUUGUUUUAUGUAAGAAUAUGCCACAGGAUUUGUUUCGCUUUGUUUUGGUCUUUGAUUAUAAUGUAUGCGAUCUUCAUCUCUCUUUUUUCGUUAUUCUUUCUCUCUCUUGGUCUUUGCAAAGACGUUCUGGAUGUCCUUGCGCAAUUCGUACCGUUGGCAGAUAAAUAAAACGUUGUCGCUUUGGUCUAUAAAGAUUAACGGCAAUUCUACCCAUUUCAAUGAAUACGCAAUUCAAAAUAUCCGUCCUUUUUAAUGAGACAUGCAAGAUAUCACGAUAAUUACAUUGAGAUGGGGAAUAUUAAGUUAACUGUUUCAAUUUCAAACACAAAGAAGAAAAUGUGUAUAUGCUAUGCUCUAACAUGAUUGAAUGCACCUCAGCAACACCAUCGACCCAAUAAUCAUUUCAUAUGUAAAACUUAGACCGACUCCUCGCCAGCAAUCAACAAAAAAGCUCGUUACCACGCCGAGCGGUCAUUGUAAACCCGCGACGCAAACACCUCAUCAUGCAAGGAAAGCAAGGUACCCAACUUAAAAAAAAUCAUGUUAUGCCAUAGCGGUACAGUGUGAAUAGAGCCCAGGGUAUGGGCAAAGAGGAAAAUGUAGAAACGAAACGAAGUAUAGACACAGGAAAUAAGACAUUAAUCAUAAUGGAGGGAGGGUCAUCGGCGUCUGGUAUACCAAGGCCAUAGUUUGUCGACAACCACCUCCUAUUGUAUCUUGAUGGCUUCAAAGAGUCCAAGACUUAGGCUGGUGUCGUUCUCGCCAACGUUUGGAGUAGGUUCGCUCAGUACCUCCCAGCGUCGGAGGAUAAAGGGCGUGAAUCGCUCCUGUGUAGUAGGCCCAAUACCGUACAUGGCGCCCAAGCCACGGGCAGCAGCGCUAUGUGGCAGAGAGGCCUUGUCCCUGUGGGCUAGCAUGAGGUUAUCCGCCAAUGUAGCGGGUUGGACGCUGAACAGAUAGUAUAUUCGACGAUCUGACGUUGCAGAUUUGCUCGGCGUCGGCGUCGGGGCAGCAAUAAUAGCCUUUGCGCAGUGGUUUCUCAAAUCGUCCGGCAAGGCGUCCACUAGGAGCACGGCAAUAUCAAAAAUCUGCUGCACAAGCUCGCUUGUGGUUUCGGCAUAUCGCGCCUCUAGCUCAAAAAUGAUGAGGCGCAACACCGCGAGUAGAUUCUUCAUGUUGGCGUUUUCAUCAAGCGGUCGUGCAAUGGAAGCAUCAUGGCUCUUCAGGGCCGAAUAUUCCAAAAUGGUGUUUCGAAUGACUUGAAGGAACAGCUUAGAAUGCUCAAUAGCGCCUGAUGCUUGGAUGGAUUGAAACCGAUAAAGUUCAUCGGGAGUAAGUGGUGUGUCCUUGGGUAACUUUCCUGUCAUUAGUUGGAGAACUUCUUGGAGGUAGCUCGCCGAUCCCUUGGUUGCAUCUGCGGCGGAGGGAAUUUGAGACGGGGCCGGGCUCGCUGUCUGAAGCAUGGUUGAUACUGUGAGGCAACCAAGGCUAAGAAGCAUUGGGAACAGCUCAUAGAGAGGUUGACGCUCAGGCAGCAAACGAAUAUGGCUGACCCAGUCCGCCAUGAGCUUAUCAAAGUGCUGCGAGUCAAAGACGCGGAGCCUGCUCAACAGAGAUGCGAAUACUCGGCGGCUAUCAUCUAGCUUACCCCAGCCUGACUCUAGCCUAGGGAAGAUGUUUCGGAAGAGUCGGUUCAUUGUUGGCACGUCCACACUAGUUCCACUUGCCAAAAGCCUGUCGAUUUGCUCAGAUACUUCACCCUCAGCUGAUUGACCAACCAUGUUGUCUGAUACGGGAGAGCAGGCAUCAAUGGCACUGUUCUUGUCACUGUGGGCGAGCUCCUGCUGCAAGUUGCUAGUCACAGCAUCCCUAUCAGGCAUUUUGGCUGCUAACAAAGCAAGUGACGCCAAAAAUGGUCGUACCACAACACCCUGGUCUCUUGCAAAUACCUUGAGUCGGUUUAGCAGCCCGUCGAAUAACUCCUCAGCUUGAUUUAAAGCCAAGAAUGUUACCAGAUGCACAUUGAUGGUGUCUGCACAGGCAGCAAGAACGUCAACAUUUGAUGAGCGAGUGCAUGCUUUCAACACAUCGACCAGCAUGGCGAAAUCGCCUGUGACUUCAAAAACAGACCGCAGAGAGAUGAACAUAUUCAACGAGAGUGUCGAAUCUAAAGACGUGUUGUCCAUAUUGGAGAGGUCAGUUCGCAGCGCAGCUCCCACAUCACACUUGAGAGCCAUGCUGCUGCUCUUAAUUUUGCUGAGCAACUUUUUCAAUGGAAUGACUCUCGGCGUUGUAUUAGAGUCGUCUCCUUCCAUUAAUGGCAAGCCAAUUGUCUCUCGGAGAUAUCUCUUUGCUGUGGCAAUGUCCUCUGCUUCUUCUGCAACAUCGUAACUGCCCGCCCGUCGCAACAGGUUGGCCCUGUUCUGGCUACCUUCGUCAGAGAAGCAGUACAUCGGUAGCUCCGCCAAGAGUCUCGAGGCGCAAGGGCCGGAGACGGGGUCAAUGUCAGCUGAAUCUCUGCAGCUUCCUCGAGCAAUUAGCCACUGGAUGUAUUGGGAAAGCGAGAAGUGGCCGCUACGGCAGAGCUCAGCCACUAGAUGGUAUAACAGUUGUUUCCGCACACUAUCGGCCGUUGGGAUGCCGUCCAAUAGCUCAAGAAUCGAUGUUGUAGGAUUGAUGCGCUGGGUGCUCCAUUCCCGGAGGAGAUUUGAGGCUGUAUAGAUCUUAGAGACACCCGGGCGGUGCGAAGAUGUUGCCCAUUCAACAACAGUCUUCACAACUCGCGCUUUAUCAUCGAGGCUCGACCAGCAGUUGACAGCAAAAUUGUGCUCUGCAGGUCCGAUAAGAGUGCUAUCCAGAAGCUUGACGAGGUAUUGAUAUCCGGAUGGAGACGAGGUAUUCCCCGCGAAAACGAGCUGUCUGUUUCUUGAAUCAACAGCAUUAAAUGAGGCCUGCAAAUCUGAAUUUUCUGGGCCAAUUGCAAUCUUGAGAGAAUCCCGGUACCUUGACCAGAGCGAAGGGUAUAAGAAGUUUUCUGGGUGGUUCUUUAAUAGGGUGCUCAGGAGCGUGCUUAGCUGGCUUGACAGCUGUAUUACGAUAUCUCGGUCAGGAUCC